CUGCACACCCUCCAUCUCGCCCUGGGUCUAACCGCCCUCGCCCUCUACGCGCACCACAUCCACCGCCUCCACGAGGCCAGCCAGAGCGCCGGGGCGAAAUACAUCUACGCGAUCGUCACCGCUCUGCUGGCUUGCACGACCGCGAUGGGGUAUCUCGUGUUGAUACAGUAUAUUCUCAAGAACCGGGUGCCCGUGGCGAGACGGAGGGGAUGGCAGUUCCCGCUGUUUGUGUGGGAGGGAGUGCUUUGUGUGGUUUGGUUGACCCUGUUUGGGAUCUUCGGGGGGGAGUUUCUCGGGAAGAGUUCUAGAAGUGCUACUGGGAGCGUGGAUAAAGAGGUGGUGAGGAUGAAGAGGGCGGUUUGGAUUGAUUUGGUGAAUCUGGGGUUGUGGGUGGUGAGUGCGGCUUGGAAGGGGGUCAGAUGGUGG